AUGGGCCCAUACGUGCCUAAUACGCUCAAAUUAGCCAGGGACCAUGCAUCAACCGUUUUGAUGUUGCACUAUGGAGGAUUGUUCAGCCAUACUGCGCACAUUAGUUUGGGUUGCCUGCACGAAGAAAUGGCAGCCAAGCAGGGAAAACGACAUACAGAAUUGUAUGCGACCAAUACUGACGAGGCAGCAAUUAUUGAGAACGCCAACAGUGAGGAGCUGAUGCAGCGCUACUACAUCGAUGGGGAACUCUUGUAA